CCUGUACAAGGAGGCCAUGAUGGAGGAGCACCAGCCUCUUAUAUCACAGGGGAUGAAGAAAACCAGCAAUAAGGCCCUUCUUCUGAAUGAUCCACCAAGAAUGGACAGGAAGAUGAACAGCAGAAGAAUAUUAGACCUCACCUUGGAGAUCAUCUCCCUGCUGAGCGGAGAGGAGUACACAAUAGUGAAGAAGACAUCGGGGGACUGUGUGACUCCCAUAAUCCAUCUCCGUGAAUCAAGAGGGCAGAGAAGGACCCCUCACCACAUCACAGAACCUCAACCUCACCCCCUGAUACAUGAGCAGAAGAUCCUAGAACUCACACACAAGAUGAUGGAGCUGCUGACUAGAGAGGUUCCUAUAAGGUGUCAGGAUGUCACUGUCUACUUCUCCAUGGAAGAGUGGGAGCAUAUAGAAGGACACAAGGAUCUGUACAAGGAGGCCAUGAUGAAGGAGCACCAGCCUCUUAUAUCACAAGAAAAUUCCAGAAACAAUUCUGAGGGAAACUUCAUCUUACCACUAACUUAUAAAGCAAAAGAUAAAGAUAUCCUACAGCUUUCUUCAGGAAAAAAACUUAUUACCCUUAAUGUACAUCCAGGACUUCACAGUUCAGAUCUAUCGCAUAAUUCCCUUAAUCAUAAGGAACCUUCUUCUGAUCAAUCACACAUUGUUACCAGAAGUAGAAAUCAGAAAGGGGUGAAACGAUUUCAGUGUGGCAAAAAAUCCACAAAAACCUCAGGUCUUUCUACAACAACAAGAAGACUUAAAGGAGAGAAGCCAUACUCCUGUUCAGAAUGUGAGAAAUGUUUUCAAAAGAAAUCACAUCUUCUUAUACAUGAGAGAAUUCACACAGGAGAAAAGCCAUAUUCAUGUUCAGAAUGUGGAAAAUGUUUUAUGCGCAAAUCAUAUUUUGUUGUACAUCAGAGAAUUCAUACAGGAGAGAAGCCACAUGCCUGUUCAGAAUGUUCCAAGUGCUUCACAGACAAAUCAAGUCUUGUUAGACAUGAGAAAAAUCAUACAAGAGAGAAUUUAUAUUCAUGUUCAGAAUGUGGGAAGUGCUUCACAGAUAAAUCAAAUCUUGUUAUACAUGAGAGAAGUCACACAGGAGUGAAGCCAUUUUCAUGCUCAGAAUGUGGGAUAUGUUUUACAGAUCAAUCAAAUCUUGCUAUACAUGAGAGAAGUCAUACAGGAGUGAAGCCAUAUUCGUGUUCAGAAUGUGGUAAAUGUUUUUCAUAUAAAAUAAGUCUUGUUACACAUGAGAGAAUUCAGUGUUCAGAAUGUGGAAAAUGCUUUGCACAGAAGUCAAUUCUUGUUAGACAUGAGAAAAGUCAUACAGGAGAUAAGCCAUAUUCAUGUUCAGAAUGUGAGAAAUGUUUUAAAGAAAAAUGUGAUCUUUUUAGACAUCUAAGAAGUCACACUGGAGAGAAACCGUAUCCAUGCUCAGAAUGUGGGAAAUGUUUUACACAGAAAUCAGACCUUGUGAGUCAUCAGAGAAUUCACACAGGAGAAAAACCAUAUUCAUGUUCAGAAUGUGGAAAAUGUUUUACAAAAGAAUCUGGUCUUGUUAGCCAUCAGAGAAGUCAUACAGGAGAGAGGGUAUAUUUCAAAGGAAAGAAGACAUAUUCAUGUUCAGAAUGUGGAAAAUGUUUUGCAAAGAAAUCAAAACUUGUUAGACAUGAGAGAACUCACACAGGAGAGAAACCAUAUUCAUGUUUAGAAUGUGGUAAAUGUUUUGCACUUAAAUCAACUCUUGUUGCACAUGAGAGAAUUCAUACAGGAGAGAAGCCAUAUUCAUGUUCAGAAUGUGGGAAAUGUUUUACACAGAAACCAAAUCUUGCUAAACAUGUGAGACGUCACACAGGAGAGAAGCCAUAUUCAUGUUCAGAAUGUGGAAAAUGUUUUACACAAAAAUCUGAGCUUGUUUCCCAUAAGAAAAAUCACACAGAAGAGAAGCCGUAUUCUUGUUCAGAAUGCGGUAAAUGUUUUAAAUGGAAAACAAACCUUGUUAAACAUAAGAGAAUUCACACAUGAGAGAAGCCAUUUUGAUGUUCUAAAUGUGGAAAACGUUUUGUAAGGUAAUCAAAUUCUAAAACUCACCAGAUCAGAAGAAACUACAAUAAAUAUUUUUGGGGAAUAUGGAAACACUAUAAGAGUAAAUAAAGAAUUUUAACCCCACUUUGCCACAGAUGUUAAAAUUGGGUUUACCUGGCAACAUGUGUCGCAUGAUACCAAAUCUCAGAGAAGUUCAGCAACUUGCUGUCCUGUAUCUAUUUUAGUACUAAGAUUUUGCUGAAAAUUGUAGAAAUGUUGCAGUCACAUGUGAAUUGCAUUGUGUUCUAUGAUGUCAGUCCUAUGUGAUCUGCUACAAAAACUCAAUGUUGAUUUUUUUUUGGAAAACAAGAUGCAAAGAUAAGCCGCACUCAC